UCGAAAUUCGAACAGCUGACGACAACUGUGAGAGCAAACUUAUUAUAUUUAGUUUCUCGCUAAACUUUGUUAAAGAUCGUUUAAAGAUGGUGAAAAUCUGGUUUAUGGACAACGAGCAAACGGAUCAGCGUUUGGAGCAUCACCGCUCACCUCCAGAGUACCUGGAAUUGGCUGAUCUCUACAAGAAAACCGGCGUGGAGUACUUCAAAAUCAAUGCGGACGCGUACCAGAGCGACGAGGUUCUAACACAACUGAGGGCGAAACGGGGCUAUACCUAUGAUGAUGAGAUUACCUGCUCGGAAAAGUGUCUGCCCGACUAUGCAAACAAGCUGAAGGCUUUUUUCACCGAACACCUGCACACGGAUGAGGAAAUACGUUUGGUCUUGGAUGGAUCCGGUUACUUUGAUGUUAGAGAUAACGAGGAGAACUGGCUUCGCAUACAGGUGGUUAAAGGAGAUCUGAUUAUCAUUCCCGCUGGUAUCUAUCAUCGUUUUACUUUGGAUUCAAACAACUUUAUCAAAGCCCGGCGCUAUUUUGUUGGGGAACCUGUCUGGACGCCACACAACCGUCCUGCCGAUGAUAUGGAUUGUCGGAAAUCCUAUAUCAAACAUCAGGCCGAACAUUUUGUGCAAUUUAAUAAGGUUUAAUACCUAUUUUAAUAUAUUUUGUAUAUUAUAUUAAAUAAAUUUCUUUUUAUUAAUA